AUGGCUGUCCGCUGCCAGUUCGAGAACUCGACCGACAUCGGUGUCUUCUCCAAGCUCACCAACUCCUACUGCCUGACCGCGUUGGCCUCGUCGACCAACUUUUACUCUGCCUUUGAGGCCGAGCUCGCGGACGUCAUCCCCAUCGUCCACACCACCAUUGCCGGCACCCGCAUCGUCGGCCGUCUGACCGCCGGCAACCGCCACGGCCUCCUCGUCCCCUCGACCACGACCGACCAGGAGCUGCAGCACCUGCGUAACUCGCUCCCCCCCUCGGUCGCCAUCCAGCGUGUCGAGGAGCGUCUCUCGGCGCUCGGCAACGUCAUUGCCUGCAACGACUACGUGGCGCUCGUCCACCCCGACAUUGACCGCGAGACCGAGGAGAUCAUUGCCGACACCCUCAAGGUCGAGGUCUUCCGUCAAACCAUUGCCAGCAACGUCCUCGUUGGCUCGUACUGUGCCCUGUCCAACCAGGGCGGUCUCGUCCACCCCAAGACCACCCGUUCGGAGCUGGACGAGCUCUCGUCGCUGCUGCAGGUGCCCCUCGUCGCCGGAACCGUCAACCGCGGUUCCGAGGUCAUUGGCGCCGGCAUGGUCGUCAACGACUGGUGCGCCUUCACCGGUCUCGACACCACCGCCACCGAGGUGUCCGUCAUCGAGGCCACCUUCCGCCUCCAGGGCCAGACCAGCGCCGCCGUCAUCAACGAGAUGCGCGACUCGCUCAUUGACCACUACGCCUAA